GCGUCACGGCGGGCGGGAAGCACGAAAUGGCGGCGGGGAGCGGGCCCUGAGGCGGGGCUGCUUUGCCUUCCUGUUGCCAUGCAGCUGGUCCCUGCACCACCCGGUUGUCACAAGAUGCCAGCUGCGCCUGCUUCCAGGUGACCUGUGACCCUCAGCCACCUCCCACUGGAUCACCCAUCCGGAAACGGGUGGUUUAACCCCAUUUACGGGCCCCGGGAGCAGCCGCUAUGGCAGACGUGGAGUCGCGCUUCCAGCACCUGCUGCAGCCCAUCCGCGACCUCACCAGGAACUGGGAGGUGGACGUGGCCACGCAGCUCGGGGAGUACCUGGAGGAGCUGGAACACGUCUGCAUUUCCUUUGACAAUGGCAAAACCACCAUGAACUUCACCGAAGCGGCAAUGCUGAUCCAGGGCUCCGCCUGCGUGUACAGCAGGAAGGUGGAACAUCUCUACUUGCUGGUCUACCAGGUGCUCGACCUCUUCUCCAACAAGAAGCGGGAGAAGCUGCCCAGCUCCCUGCGGCCGGACGGCACCGAUGCUGACGCGACCUUUGGGGAGCAGCAGCAGGAGCAGUUCCUCUCACUGGAUGACGUCAGGGACAGCAGCCAGGCCAGCACGGACAUGAGGAAGGACCAUCAGCCCAACUCUGUGAACAUUGUCCCCUUGACCCCCAUGUCCCUGGUGCCCCCAGAAGAUGUGGAGAAGAAGGACAACCCGCUGUUCAGCCGCACCAGGGAGCUCCUGGCCAGCCGGCGGGAUUUCCGGAUGAACGCCUGCACCCCCCACGCCACCGGCACCUGCCUGCUGGAGCUGUCGGGGCUGCCCCCCGCCCACCUGUGCCCCAGGGAUUCCCGCGGAGCCGCAGGUGCACGGCCCUGCGUCCCCGGCAGCGAGCCUGGGAGCAUCAGUGGGGAUCCCGUCCGGGCACUGACCUUCUCUGAAGACGAAGGUCCCACAGGACUAGACGGUGACAUUGGUGGUGGGGACGAUGUGCCCGGGGCCAUGGAGGACGACAUGGAAGUGGCUCCAGUUGCUGAGGAGCACGUGGAGGCGCAGAAGCGCGCGCUCCGGGCACGGGAGCGAGCACCGGCCGAGGACCCCAAUGCCCACAUCAAGGAGCUGCUGGAUCCAUGGCAAAGCCUCGACCCCUUUGGCGACUCCGAGGACAAGCCCUUCAGGAAAGGGAGGCCCUUCCUGGUGCCACACGGCCUGGACGAUGUGGUGGGUGGCAAGAGGAAGAGGAAGGGCCUGAGGAAGCUCCAGGACUUCAUGAAGUGGUUCUCUGCCUCCUACACCGAUGGUGCCGGCAGCCGGAAACCCAAGAGCAAAGGGCCGACGUUUGCAGACCUGGAGAUGCUGUACUGGAAGCAGCUGAAGCAGCGGGUGGCAGCACAGAGGAAGCUGCAGCACCAGGAGAGGCCCCUGUGGCCACCACCGUGUGAGGAGCCGGAGCCGCUGGAGGAAGAGCUGGGGGGUGACAGCGAGGAUGGGGCAGCAGAUGACUUCCUGGACCACGAGGACAUCCUGGCUGAGGGCCCAGAGGAGCUGGGGGACGGGGACAUGGCCCUGGACCCCCCCAACCUGGGCUCGCUGUGCUACGCCGACCUGGUUCGCAGGAACGUGGAGCUGUUCAUCGCCAGCUCGCAGCAGUUCGCGCAGGAGACGGAGCUGUCGCAGCGUGUGCGGCGCUGGGAGGAGCAGAUGGAGCCGCUGCUGCAGGAACAGGAGGAACGAGCGUCCUUUGACAUCCACGGCUACGGGCAGGCGCUGGCGCAGGGCUGUGGCGCACCGGGGGUGUGGCACCCCUUCGCGGCGCUGGUGGCGGGGCAGCCCCCUUUCGAAGUGUGCCGCUACAUGCUGGCCGCGCUGCAGCUGGCCAACGACACGGUGGUGGAGCUGGCGCAGGAGCUGGGGCUGGAGCAGGCGGUGGACACGAUGCGGCUGCGGCUCCUCGUGCCCCCGCAGCCCCACGACCGAUUCCACGCCCUGCAGCCCCCCCUGGCUGGCCCCUGAGACAGACCCCACAUACAGCCCCCCCUUGGCAAUAAACCCCACCUUGGCCCCA